AUGGCCGCCACUACGCUUCCUGCUCUCAAACAAUUAACGCUGCGCUUGCUCAGAACAAUCGAGGCCGUCAAGCCGAUCGACUGGCAAUCAGACGAGGCAGCCGCAAACCCCACCGCGUAUCUC